CGACGAACAUAUUCAUUUUUUUUUUCCUUUCUAUUUCAUUCAAUGAUAUUUUUGUUUUUCAUAUUUCAUGUAGCAUUAAUUAUGCUAAAUAUGUAGAACUUUGAUCCAUUAUGUGCGUUAAUCAGCCCUAAUUCAUAAUUGUAAAGUAGCGCACUUUCCAUGGCAAGUAAAUUUGACAGUUGAAGCUCAGCCCUAAGCCCUAAUGUGAACUGUGGAGUAGGCUUAAGGGAAAACCGGAUUACGUCAUAUCGGGAUUGGUGAUUGGAUUUGAUUUGAGGAAGCAUAUAGAUUAGAGUUUUUAGUUUUUCUGUUUUCACCUCCUAUGGCUUCACUUCAGUUCCUCCUUCGCCCAUCCUCCAAUCCCAAUCUUCUCGCUUUACCCUCCAGAUGUCGAUCGGUUCGAUGUGCCGACGAACGCCAGGCGCUGUUUAACCGCAUUGCUCCUGUUUACGACAAUCUGAAUGAUUUCUUGAGUUUGGGGCAGCACCGGAUAUGGAAAAGAAUGGCGGUAUCAUGGAGCGGGGCCAAGAGGGGAGACAAUGUGUUGGAUUUGUGUUGUGGAAGUGGGGAUUUGGCAUUUCUACUAUCAGAAAGAGUUGGGUCUGAUGGCAAGGUGGAUUGAGGGCAAUGCAAUUGAGUUGCCUUUUUAUGACUGUUCUUUUGAUGCCAUUACCAUGCGUUAUGGGCUACGAAAUGUGUUAGCUAAAUGCAAGGCCAUGCAAGAGUUGUUUUGAGUCUUGAAACCAGGUUCUCUUUCUACAAUCACUCUAUUUUGUUCUUGUGAGAGUGUGGAGAUAAGGGAUUUGGCGAAACUUGUUCUGUUAUUUGAUAUGAUUUGUCAUUUUUUUUCUAAAAAUUUCAGGGUCAAGGGUAUCCAUCCUCAAUUUCAAUAAAAACACUAAAUCAUUUAUUACAUCAAUUCAGGUAUUGUUUAGAU